AAAGCAGGAACGCAAAAUCAUAAAGAAGCUCUAAUAGGUUUCAUAUUACAAAAAAAAAAAUAUAUAUAUAUAUACGAUAUUUAAAAAUUAAUUGCUCCCUUAUUUUGGUGACUUGCAGUUUGGUUUCAUGGCCAUGGCUUGAGCUUAGAGCGUUUGUAGGUUUUUUUUUGGUGACUUGCCGUUUGGUUUCAUGGCCAUGGCUUGAGCUUAGAGUGUUUGUAGGGUUUUGGUUUGUAGAAAGGAAAAAAAAAACAAUAUAUAAAGAAGGAUGAAAAGAGGGAGGUAAAACGAAUUCAUUAAGAGGGUUUUGAUCGAGGGGAGUAAAGUUGAGAAUUGAUUGUUUAGAAGUGGGUUGAUUAAAUCUGAGUUUCUGUGAUCUUCAAUCGGAGAAGACGAAGUGUUAGAGGUCACGAUGAUUGAUUUAUUGAUCGUAGGUUUGGUUUUUUGAAGAGGUUCCAUUUGGGCAAUAACAAAUUAAAUGAAGCCCACAUGGAGAGGAAGUGGAUUGCAUCGAAUUGGGCAUAAGCAGAAUCACGAAGCCCAAACAAUUAAGCCUAUCUGACGUGUCACAAAACCUGUCUCUGAUUGGUCCGAAUUAAAAAUCCGACGUGGCACUCUCCCUAUUCACCAUAUCCUGCUUUUAGUAUUGUGAUAUAUCUUAAAACAUAAUUUAUUGAUAUUAAAGAACUUUCAAUAUUUCUAAAGAUACAUCUUUGACCCGAUAUUUCUUGGCUACUAGUAAAAAUUAUUAGUCAAAACUCAUUUCCGUAAAUAUAUUUAUGAAGUAUUUGAAUAUUUUCACCCAUAUAUACUUUAUACAUAUAAGAUUUACAAGUUUAGAAAAAACACUAGUUCAAACCAAAAUAAUUAAAUAAAGAUCAAAGUUCUCACCAAGUGUUUGGAAAAAUUGUUGAUGGCUGGUGAUCAAAUCAUGCAUGCACAACCUGAAGUUUUAGCUAUUGGUGAAACCAAUAACUAUUUGAACGAUAAAUUAUGGAAGUUAUGUGCUGGACCUCUGUUUGAUACUCCAAAAAUUGGAGAGAAACUAGUUGCCUCUAUGGACGACGAACUUUGUCAACUAAAACCAAUUUUUGAUAUUCCUUCAAAAAUUUGUUGUAAUGUUUUUAGUAUCAACCUUAAGGUAGAGCCCAGUACUAAUGAAAUUUAUGCAGAAGUUUCUUUGUUGCCUGAUACAUCUGAUGUUGAAAUCCCUAUUCCUAAAAACGAAAACAACAUACAAAACAUUAACUAUUUCACCAAGGUGUUAAGUGCUUCUGAUACCAGCACAAAUGGUGGUUUUGUUUUGUAUAAAAGACAUGCCAUUGAAUGUCUUCCCCUGUUGGAUAUGUCUCAGCUGACCCCAAGUCAAGAGAUAAUUGCUAAAGAUAUCCAUGGUCAUGAAUGGAGUUUUAAACACACUUCAAGAGGUACACCAAAAAGACAUCUUUUCACAUCUGGUUGGAAUGAGUUUGCAAAAGGAAAAAAAUUGGUUGCUGGAGACUCUUUUGUGUUUCUUCGAGGAGAGAAUGGGGAAUCACGAGUUGGUAUCAGUAAAGCAGCUCAUCAGCAACGCAACAUACCAACAUCUUUAAUUUCAAAAGAGAGUAUGCACCAUAGUGUGGUUGCUACUGCACUGAAUGCUAUUGAAAACAAAUGUAUGUUCGUUGUGUUCUAUAAGCCAAGGUCGAGCCAAUUCAUUGUCAACUUCGAUAAAUUUGUAGAUAGAGUGAAUAAUAAGUUUAGUAUAGGCUCCAAAUUUUCGAUGAAGUUCGAAGGAAAAGAUCUAAAUGAAAUAAGAUACAAUGGAACAGUAGUGGGAGUGAGAGAUUUCUCCACUCAUUGGAAAGAUUCAGAAUGGCGAAGUCUAGAAGUGCAAUGGGAUGAAGCUGCAACAAUUCCAAGACCUGAUAAGGUAUCUCCAUGGGAGAUUGAGCUGUUAACACAUUCAUCAAACAUUUUCAAGUCAGAUGCUCUAAAACAUAAACGUCAACUCGAAGUACAUGAGUUUGGUUCAAAAAUGUGGGCUCCUACAAUCUACAAUGAGCAAAUGGUUCAAGCAAUGAAAGAACCGUCAACCACAACCGCAACUACUAGCUGCAGACUGUUUGGAGUUGAUCUAAUGGUUCCCGCUAUAACAAAGGAUCCAGUGGAACCUAUUGUCUCAAACAAAAAAUGUAAGAUUUCUAAAAUCUUUGAAGACGAAAAGGUUGACCAUGUCCAAGCUAAAAGUCGUACUAAGGUUCAUAUGGAAGGUGUCAUAGAAAGAACUGUAGAUUUAACUAUAUUUGAUGGAUACAAUCAGUUGAUCGAUGAACUAGAAAGACUCUUUGAUAUCAAAGGCGAGUUGCAUAUGCACAAUAAAUGGAAAAUGUUCUUCAUAUAUAAUGAUGGAGAUAUGAUGAUUCUUGGAGACGAUCCCUGGCCAAAAUUUUGUAAUAUGGCUAAGGAAAUAUUCAUAUGUUCGAAAGAGGAUGUCAAGAUAGGGAUAGCAAAUAACAGAUUCUCCGAAGGUGAUCCAACAUUAACAACAACAAUCUUACCACCAGAUGUCAACAACACUUAGAGAGAGUUUUGAUUUUAAAAAUUAAAUGUUGCUUGUUUUUAUUAUAUAUUAAACAAAAGGAUUUGAAAUUUGUGUAACUUAAAAAUAUAUUAUGGAGUGUUUUGGUAUUUGAUGAUUGGUGUCUUGUCUAGCGGUUGAAGUUUUAAAUGAAACAAAUAUCUUCUUUUUUUCUUCUUUUUAAUCUUUUGUCGACUUGUUUAGUAUUGUGCGUGUAUGUCUUUUUGGUAUUACAUAUGUUAUGGAAUGUUUUGGCAUGUAAUACCGGCGUGUAACCACUCUUCUCAAGAACUCUCUGCCACAGGUAACAUGAAUAAUUAACACGGUGGAUAUGACAUAUAAGGAAAAUCAGAAAUGCUGCUCCCAAAACUACUUUCACAGCUUCAGUGACUUGGAGUCAUCUUCAGGUUCAGCUUCCUGUUGUUCAAUGGCAUCAAUAAGUGUUCUUCAAAGACACAAUCCCAAGCAUGCCCUUGGAUUGUCUUCUUUGCGCAAGCCACCAAGAGAACAGACAACACAUCUUUUUGGUUGCUCAUAUUCCUUUGAGAUUUGAUCUUUCUUCUCAUCCAAACUCCAUUAGUGCUGUUAUCCAAGCCGGUAAGGUGCAUCAAAAAUUUCCAGAUUGUGCUUCAGGGAGCGAGGAACAGAUUGAGCAGGAGUGCAGUCUUUGUAAUGAACACCACCGAGCCUAUAAAUUGUUCCCUUACGUGUAUGUACGCUCUAAAGAAGAAAAAAAGGAAAUGAGUUAGAAGUUAGGUGAUUAAACUAAGCACCUAUCACAGGCAAUGGCAAUCUACUCAGAAUAGCACAUAGUUCACUAUAUCAACAACUUAGCAUUAUACCAAACAAUUAAGCAAGUUAAUCCAGUUGAGGCAAAGAGUUCUCUGGGAGUUUAAAUAUGCACAAUCAAAUAAUAGUGAAGAAAACAAAGCUUUUACGGGGGCUCAGUCUGCAGAGCCAAUAACAAGUAAUCAAAAAUAUGCAGAAACGAAAUAAGAUAAUACGAAAAACAAGCUUAAAAUAAGAGAUCUUUAUUCUGAGUUUGCGUAUAAGCGUUCUAGAGACCGAAUAAAAAAUGAAGUUCGUCUGGAAGCGAAAUUACAACAUAAAUAUAAUAACACGGGCAGUAAAACCUAUCUAAGUUCACUAGAGUAACCACCUAUGCCAAGAAAACCAUGUGAGUCGCAACUCAUUUAGAAAAA